CCUAUUCUCGGCACAGCUUAUGAACAGCUUAUGCCGUUAGCGUAAAUCUCUAGCUCUACACUGACAACCAGCUGCGCCUUGGUGGGCCGAUAUGGUUGGUUCCGUAGUUUCGAUGAUUUAUUAGGAAUUCGUAGAAGGUCCUGGAACAACCUUUUGCGAGUUAUGGUAUUUUCCAGAGGUUUCGAGCUUUAUCUCUUCCGUGUUAUAAGCUGACGCGUCAUGCCGUAAGCCUUUCCCUUCCCAUAUAGGCUCAUGAAGUCCAUUGCCUCCCUUCGUCGUGUUCUACUUCAGCAACGUGCCCACGUCCCACGACGUCAACUCAUCCAACUGAAGCAGCAGAAAAGAACCUUUGGUUCGAAUUCCGGGCCAUUGGUGAUAUUCGAUGAGUUCGAUCGUCUGUUCAAUCAAGCGUUCGGCAGAACGGCGCUUGCACCAUGGGUUGGGGAACACUUUGCAGCACCAUUGCCACGCAUUUGGCAGCCAAGACUGGACUUGCGCGAGAAUUCAGACAACACGAUCACAGCAGCCUUCGAGCUUCCAGGCCUACGUAAAGAAGAUGUUUCCAUCGAACUUCAGGGAAACCUUCUGACCAUCCGUGGCGAGCACUCUGAAGAGAAGGUCGAAGAGCCGAGUUCUAAAGACUCGGCGCAGAACGGCGCAAGUUCAUCGACAGAUGGUACCCAAGCCCCUGAGAAGGAGUCCAAGCCAAAGUACAUCCUUCGUGAACGUCACUACGGAAGCUUCUCGAGAACCAUCCCCGUUCCCGAAGGAACUAAUCCAGAGUCGAUCAAGGCGUCAGUUGAAAACGGUGUUCUACAAGGUCACCUUCCCGAAGGCGAAACCUGAGGAUGCCCCCAGGAGAAUCGAGUUGUCCUGAAGCGGCGCUCAGGACCUUGUCGUCGCAGAAUAGUGUAUAUACUCGUAUUGUCAUAUGAAUCAAACCCCCACUCUUAGUCCAACUGU